CGCAAAAAAGAGUCUCUCUCCGUCUCCGUCUCUGCCAAGUGCCAACAAGAGAUCGUCUCCUCAUAUAUAUAUAAAUACGCACCCAAACCGAAAUCGAGACAAGAAGGAAAUUCCAACGAGGCUCCGAGAUCUCGAUCUGUCCAAUUAUCUCCGGCGAGAUCUCGACCUUGAAAAUCCAACCCCGAUCCACGUAGAUCCCAUGGCUCCCGUCUCCGCUCUCGCCAAGUACAAGCUCGUCUUCCUGGGCGACCAGUCCGUCGGCAAAACCAGCAUCAUCACUCGCUUCAUGUACGAUAAGUUCGACAACACCUAUCAGGCUACCAUCGGCAUUGAUUUUCUGUCAAAGACAAUGUACCUUGAAGAUCGAACCGUUCGAUUGCAGCUCUGGGACACUGCUGGGCAGGAAAGAUUCAGGAGUCUGAUUCCAAGUUAUAUCCGGGAUUCCUCUGUGGCUGUCAUUGUAUAUGAUGUUGCAAGCAGGCAGUCGUUCCUAAACACUUCCAAAUGGAUUGAAGAGGUUCGCACUGAGCGGGGAAGUGAUGUUAUCAUUGUACUUGUUGGAAACAAAACAGAUCUUGUAGAUAAAAGGCAAGUUUCGAUAGAGGAAGGAGAAGCCAAAGCUCGCGACCUAAAUGUUAUGUUCAUUGAAACCAGUGCCAAGGCUGGCUUCAAUAUCAAGGCUCUCUUUCGGAAGAUUGCGGCAGCCCUACCUGGAAUGGAGACACUUUCUUCUACAAAGCAAGAGGAUAUGGUUGAUGUAAACCUCAAGUCCUCCAAUCCAAAUGCAUCACAGUCACAGGGACAGUCUGGAGGCUGUGCAUGUUGAUCCUUGAAUCACAUGGAUUUCAAACUCAACUUUUUUCCCCCAUUCUUAUAUGCUUCGGUGAUCCAGCUCUUUGUAAAGCUUAGUUAUCAUCCCAGUUCUGAGUUGCGCCUUUUUGUAGCUUUGGAUGAGUUUUGUGUUUGGCUGAUUGUUUUACGAUAUAUGCACUGUUUAGAAUACCACAGACUCCCAGACCUUAAGUUAAAAUUGAUAGAAGAAACAUCUUUAUAUGGUUGUAAUUUAUGCCCCAAGUGUCUGAUAAACGCUAGUUAUCCCUAUUCCAGCAAUUUGAGUUCUAAUUUUCUGUCUUUAA